CACUCGUCUGUUUUCGCAUUCUCUCUGAAAUUCCGCGGCACCGGUAGGGAUCUGUCAAUUGCUUGUCUGGUGAAGGAAAAAAGUUGUAUUUCGUGGGGAAAGGAGUUACCGAGCACACUAGGCGGUUUAGUGUAUGCGGAAAACUAAGUUACAUUACCUAGAGUCCAUCAUCGGGCAUAAUGUCCAACAGUGGUGAACGCAGCACGGCCCCAGAGACAAUAAUCGAGGAGUUUGAGUACAAGGCAACUCCAGCUUUUGCUGAGAACUGUGACAAGACCUUUUCUCGAUUUAAGUUCAGCGCGUUCGCAGAAGUAGGAGCGAAGGGCCUGCAGAACGAGAAUCACGCCAAACGCAUCGUUUUGAUGCGCAAGGAGUUCCUGCACUUCAUCAAGGAAACUGAGUGGCAAUAUGAGCCGGUAGAGAAGCGCGUGGGACAGCCUUAAACCGUGCACUACCGUCUUUCAUCGUAAACCAAAGCACAUCCGUUCUAGUUUUACUUAUGCACUUUUGAAUUAUUUGACGCAAUCGCAACGACGACAAAAUGUUUUCAAUUGUAUCGAAAAUUUUCACCUACUUUAGUUACGCAAAUGAGCGGAAGGAGUGUGAGAAGAAGUUGGAAGCGGUUCUAUUGGAAUUGGAGGAUGAGGAGCGGAAGGAGAAAUUGGUUGGGACUAAGCCCGAGCAGUCAGCGAAGAAGGAAGAACUUACGGAGAAAAAUUGCUUCAGAAAACAAGGUACGAUAACAUCGUUGCAGAGUGACCAUGGGAUCAUCGAUAAAACUCUUCUGUUUGAUAUGAGUGCAGCCAAAAAUGUUUCCGAAUUGCGAGUAGGAUUCUGUGUGCAGUACUUGGGAUAUCAAGCCGCUGACAGUGAUUAUAUUAAAAUUGUUCGUAUAGAACGAAUCCUCAACGAUUAUUGGGAUGUCAACGCCGAUAAUGAACAGCAACAUGCAGAAGCAGGGCCGCAAACCUUCGAUGAUCCGGAAUACUUCAACACGCAUCAACGCAGUUUCUUAGGUCAAGUUUUCAGUCGCAACGAGAAUUUCAUAACUGUCGACACAGAUUAUGACAAAAUUGACAUAGAUUUGGACACCGUUACCAUUGACUAUAAUCUACAACUUGGCGAUCGGGUGUAUUUGACAUGCAAUGUCCAAACUGAUCAAACAUUCGUGGACUCCACUGGCGAAAUUUUGGAAGUAGUCACCAUUCACGCUGCACGCUCGAAAAAAGUCAUGGGAACAAUCACAUCCUUGUACCAAAACGAACAAUGGGGUUUGGUGAACAAUGAAUUUUUCUUUUCGUUCGACAUUCUUCCAUCCAAUUAUAUUCCGGAGAGGGAUGAUCGCGUUAGUGUACAAGUAGUUGAAAGCGAAAGGGGAAAGUUCAUUUGGCGCUGCACAAGUAUAUUGCUUCUGGAUAAACGUACAGAAAAACCUGUAAAAAUUGAGUCGGAUGCGAAACUCCUUCAGAACAAGGGGGGAAUCGUUGUAACCGAUAACUUCCAAUUCCGCUUUAGAACUUUAAAUGAGAAGAAAGUCGGUGAGCUGAUAAUGAAGAACGAAGGAGAUGAAGAACGUACACUUAAAAGAAUGUGUUUUCUUGGCAAAAAAUGUCAGUCGCAGUUAAAUUUGAUUGAACCAAAAUUAAAUGAACAGUUUACGUUGAAGCCAGGUGAAUCGAAAGUGUUCCGCAUAACUGCACGAUCUCAAAUAUUUGGAUACAGUAGAGAAAUAUUUUUAUUCAGUUUCGAGAAAUUCAAGAUAGCUCGGGAAAUUUUAAUCGAAGUAGGAGAAGGAGACGAACUUGCCCAAUCGCGGAAAAACGGUCAAAAAGAGAAGCAAAAUAAAUUUUAUAAGAAGGACUAUAGCUACGCACACCAAGUUUGGACGCAAAGAUCACAUUUUGUUCCCGGUGUGCAUACUUUGGAGAAACCAAAAUUUGUUGCCAACAGGAUCGGAAUAUUUGAGUGCCCUGAGAGACUGCGAAAUGCUGUCUUAACUUCCAAGAAUAUGAUUGAAAUGACUGAAUUAGUGGAGGACUUCUAUCCCUGUUUGACUGAAAGUGUGUCGUAUCAAAAUUACUGUGUGCGCUUUCAAACUUUACUUCAUUUGGAAGAAAUUGAAUAUUUCCUGCAAAUACGACAAUAUGACAGAGAGCGUGCACAUUUCAGUCGAGACGCGGAGUAUUUGGUUUUGCAGAUAGACAACUUAUCGGAAAAACGUCCUUCACUCAUGCUUGGCGAUAGUAUCCGCGUGUCGAAUCCAUGGGCGGAAGGAAUGGAUAAACGAUGCUACGAAGGGGUCAUUCAUAAAGUUUUGUUUGAUCGGAUACUGCUCAAAUUCAACCCAGGCUUUCAGCAAAAGUACAACGGGGAAGACUAUCGAGUGGAAUUCUUUUUUUCACGUUUCUCCUUCAGAAAGCAGCACUAUGCUCUCAAGAAAACCUACCACCAAAUGGGUCCCAACUUUCUAUUCCCAAAUAAAAUUCAUCUUCAAGAACGCCCUCAAUUGGAGGUGAGUUUGAAUGAAAAAUUCAAUCUUGUUAUAAAGGACGAAACUGCUGAAGUGAAGUGGUUCAAUGAGAAUUUGAAUGAUGUUCAAAAGAAAGCUAUAAAGAAUAUUUUGCGAGGUGAAGCUCGACCGAUGCCUUAUAUAAUAUUUGGUCCACCUGGAACUGGGAAAACGUUAACAUUAAUAGAGACAAUACUACAGUUGGUGACAUUGUUACCCGACAGUCGGUUGUUAGUCGGAACCCCGUCGAAUAGUUCGGCAGAUUUGAUUGCAACUCGUCUAAUUGGAUGCAAGGCACUGAGACCUGGUGAUUUUGUUCGACUAGUUUCACAGAAUGUCAUCGAGAAGGAUUUGAUCCCAGACCAUUUGAAACCAUAUUGUGCGACCGUGGACAUUGCUAUGGAAGGGACUUCAAGAGAUGGGAUGAUUAUUACCGACUCCGGAUUAAAGUUAAAAUGCCAAAUGAAACACAUGGGCCGCCAUCGAAUAACAAUAGGCACAUGUGUAGCGUUGGGCAGCUUAAUGCAAAUGGGAUUCCCGAAAGACCAUUUUACACAUAUUAUCAUCGAUGAAGCUGGACAAUGCAUUGAAACUGAAAACAUGAUCCCAAUCUCGCUCGUAGAUCAAUAUAAUGGUCAAGUCAUUUUGGCUGGCGAUCCAUUGCAACUGGGUCCAAUCAUUUUGAAUAAGUACGCUGUGGAAAAGGGUCUGGAUACAUCGUUUCUCCAGCGGAUAUUAGACAGGAUGCCUUAUCGUAAAGACCUCGAACGGUUUCCAGAUUGUGGUUACGAUCCACGAUUAGUCACUAAACUUAUUUACAACUAUCGGGCUUUGCCGAGUAUUUUGAAACUUUACAAUGAUCUGUUCUACGAUUCAGAACUACGACCAAUGAUUGACGAAGAGACAAGUCAGGAAAUUCAGAUUUUACGAUCAUUGUCAGAUAUUUUACCACAGAAUGAGAAUCGAUCACCUAAUCAUGCUGUGUUUUUCAUGGGUAUUCGUGGGGAGAACAAACAAGAGAGUGAUUCGCCGUCUUGGUAUAAUCCCGCCGAAGCUAAAAGUAUUUUCUUAUUCGUCUUGAAAUUGUAUAGAAAAAAUAUAAAUGCGAAGAAUAUCGGAAUCAUAACUCCUUAUCAGAAGCAGGUGAAAGCUAUUCGAAAUAUUUUCAUAGAAGCCGACAUAAUGCUUCCGAAAAUUGGAUCAGUGGAAGAGUUUCAAGGCCAGGAACGUGAUAUUAUCCUCAUUUCAACGGUUCGUUCACGUAAAUCAUUGAUUGAAAUGGAUCUUUUACAUUCCUUGGGCUUUGUGCGAAGUGAUAAGCGUUUGAAUGUAGCAAUCUCGCGGUCUCGUGCGCUUUUAAUUAUUUUCGGUAAUCCACACUUGUUACGUUUGGACAAAAGUUGGGAGCGACUCCUUAAGUACUGUAUAUCGAAUGAUGCAUAUACUGGUUGCGAUUUGCCUAGUGAAUUAAUGUGAUUUGAAUAUAUUUUCAUCUCUUUUUUUCCCCUUGUAGAGAUAUUAGUUUUAAUGUAAAAUUGGAAUAAAAUUAUCUGUAACACAGGAAAGAGUUUACGUAAUGUUUUCUAAUAAAUUUGAUUUUAAGAUGA